CAUUCCAAGAACCAUCUUUACUGAAGCUGGUCUUUGGAGGAAGGUGCACACUGCUCAUAGAACAAGCAAGCGCGACCGCUCAGUCCAGUCCACACUCGCAUCACUUCCUCAAACCCACCAUCCAAGACUCAGCAAAGCCUUCAACUUCACAACAUCACAACGCGCGGCUUCUCAUCACGCAAGAAGAAGCGAGCUCAAGCAUCGAUCGAGUCAUCACGUUCACUGGCCAUGGCGCGCAAUUCCAAUCUCGAAAACAUGAGCACACCGUAUUCACUGGCCAUGACCGCGCCCCCUUCGCCUCUCGGCGUUUUGGACAUUCUACCAUCCGAAGUUCGAGACACAAUCUACAGCUUUGCCUUGGUUAUCAAUGAUGGCUGGUGGAACGAUACCAGCGUGUACAUCAACCGUUACAAAACAUAUCCAGAGUUCGGUUUCGAACGAGAUGACAUCGAUGCGAGAGUCUUCCUUGAAUGCCUGCCCCUAAUGCAAACCUCGAAGCUCGUUCGCAGAGAAUGUUUCGCGACUCUUCUCAGAGAUCAGGAUAUACAGAAGCCUGACGGUUUACGCUUGUGGAGCCUUCUCGCAGAACUCUCGAAACAGGGAAAUCUCGCCAGACACACAAGAGCUGUGGGUGUUGCCAUGGCUCACUUAUCCAUUCCUAUUGAACGAUUCCGGUACAAUGACCUCUUCUACCAUGACCGAUGCCUGUAUAACGACCUUCUUGCAAGCUGGAUUCCAAAGCAAGUUUGCGAGCUGAAACGUUGUCUACACGACUUCGAAGUUCCUGCACACAGGUAUUUCCUCGAAAUCUUCUACGGAGCCGUUUCAGUCGACUACGACAGCCAAGGACGGGGAAUUGGUCUUCUAGACAGAGAUUUUGGACUGUCCAAGCGUGUCGCAAACAGUUACUACCGAAUGUGGAACGUACGAAGCGUGACCAUUAAGCUAUGGUUGAACGACCUCGAUGCUUCGAUCAGAGCCUUGGACAAACUGUGUGACGACAGGGACAAGCUACUACAGGAAGAACAUGGAAUCUGUACCAGCUGGGUGAACAGGCUCGUCGCAACAGAGAAGGAGAAGAUGGAGGUGAGGGCAGAGAUUGACAGUGCAAUUCCAUGGGUCCGCAAGCAAAUGGACGACUUGAGAACAUAUCACAUUUCUCGAAUCGAACACGUCGACAAGCUCUGGAAGAGCAAUCACAUCGACGAGCUUGACUUUUAGUCGAUUGAAAUCGAAGCACCAUCCAUCUUGAAGCCUUUCACCCUCAUGAUUGCUCGCCGACUGCGGUCUCGAAUGAAGGCCGAUAUUGUUGUUCCCGGUCAAAUUUCUAUGGACCAAUAGCUAUGAUGACACGACAAGGACAAAGAACAAGGAC